AUGUUGGAUAGUUCAGUUUUCUCGGGAAAUUCUGGUGUUGACGGUGCUGAUGGAAGUGGUACAAGUGGUGGAGCAGCCGCUCAUGGGGUGGCUGUGGAACAUAGAAAUGAGGGUGGCAGUGGCGACGGUGGUGAAGAUUUUGACCGGAAUUCACCUGGUAAUCGGUGGCCUCGUGAGGAAACUUUGGCUUUGUUAAAGAUAAGAUCCGAUAUGGACCGUGCAUUUCGUGAUUCCAUUCUCAAAGCCCCUCUUUGGGAUGAAGUUUCUAGGAAAUUAGGUGAGCUUGGAUACAAUCGAAGUGCCAAGAAAUGCAAAGAGAAAUUCGAGAACCUCCAUAAGUACCACAAGAGAACGAAGGAAGGCAGAUCCAGUCGGCAAAAUGGGAAAAACUAUAGAUUCUUUGAGUUAUUAGAGGUUUUUGAUAAUCAACUCUCAGUUCCAUCGACUCCCUUGAACCAAGUCCAAACGUACCUGACGAAAACAAUAGCAGCUGCACCAUUAAGGGUAAAUCCCAUUAAUGCAUCUCAACAUUUUAGGGCGCCUUGUUCGAAUCAAGAUCCUGAUACUGAAUUCAUGUCCACCUCUACAUCCUCCUCAGAGGAGAGAUCUGAAGGAAGUAUUAAGAGAAAGAGGAAGUUGGCAGAAUAUUUUGAGAGAUUAAUGAAAGAUGUUUUGAAGAAGCAAGAGGACUUACAGAACAAGUUAUUAGAAUCCAUGGAGAAAUAUGAGCAGGACAGGAUAGCAAGAGAAGAAGCAUGGAAGGUACAAGAAACGGCUAGAAUAAAGAGAGAACAAGAGUUUUUAGCCCAAGAACGAGCGGUUUCUGCUGCAAAGGAUGCAGCCAUGCUUGCAUUUUUGCAAAAGAUCUCGCAGUACUCAACGGCUCUGCAAAUUCCAGAUAUUCCAUUUCCAAUAUUUGAAAAACAUUUGGACACACAUGACAAUGUGUUGGAGAAGUGCAUUGACAAACAAGAAAAUGGCGUUGGGGAGACUUCAAAUCAUACUGAUAAACAAGAGAAUAGUGUUGGUGAGAAUACUACUCUAAUGAGCUCUUCUCGGUGGCCAAAAGCAGAAGUUGAAGCUUUGAUUAUGCUUAGAACUGAUCUUGAUUUGAAAUAUAAUGAUAAUGGGCUGAAAGGGCCCUUGUGGGAGGAAAUUUCUUCUGCCAUGAAGAAGCUUGGUUAUGAUAGAAGUGCAAAGAGGUGUAAAGAGAAAUGGGAGAAUAUAAACAAGUAUUACAAGAGAGUGAAAGAUAGCAACAAGAGGCGGCCUCAGGAUUCGAAAACUUGUCCCUAUUUCAACACGCUAGAGUCAAUCUAUGCAAAGAAGUCUAAAACCGAACACACUUCAGAAAAUUCGAGUUACAAUAUGCAGCCUGAACGCAUUUUAUUUGAAAUGAUGGGCCAACAACAACAUCAGCCUCCUCCACUGCCGCCAUCACAGCAACAACAUCAGUCGGGGACAGAAGACGGUGAGAGUGAAAAUCAAAAUCAAGAAGACAACGCUGAGGAUGAAGAGGACGAUGGCAAUGGAGAUGGUUAUCAGAUUGUUGCUAAUAUUCCCUUUUCAUUGUCAACUAUGGGAAGCGACUACGGAGAAACGUUCUCUGAUAAGGUGAAGGUGAUGCAAGCAUCCGAGUUCAAUUGUGGUGGUUGUGACGACGGCGAUGACAACGAACGAGGGGUAAAAAGCGACUACGGAGAAACAUUCUCUGAUAAGGUGAAGAUGAUGCAAGCAGCCGAGUUCAAUUGUGGUGGUUGCGACAACGGCGAUGACAACGAACGAGGGAGUGAAGAAUCUGUGGUGGAAUCGCUGCAAAAUCUAGCAGAUAUGGAUAUUACUUUCCAAGCGCUGCAGGACACUGAUAUAGGAAGGCAUGUCAAUGGAUUGCGGAAGCAUCCGUCAAAUGAAGUGCGCAGAUUGGUGAAGCAGCUUGUCAGGAAAUGGAAGGAAACUGUGGAUGAGUGGGUUAAGGUGAACCAACCUGAAGCAUCUUCAAACCUCAUCGCUUAUGGGGACUCACCUCAGCAGAACAUGUCCAAAAAUCAACAAAAUGGCCAUCACCAGGUUCUGGAUUUCGGGUACUCUCCAAAUCCAAGGAGCGAAUAUGGGAAGUCUGGUGCGGAGAGGAACAGUUCAGAAUAUGAACCGAAGCCUAAACCACGUCAAUCUGUUCCUCGUAGAGAAACUCCAUCCAGACCGCCGCAAUCAGUUCCUAAAUCUGCUUCUACUCCUCCUAACAAACCACAACGGGAAGCUGCCAUGGACGAUGAAAAGCUGAAUUCUGCUAGAAGGCGACUUCAAGAAAACUACCAAGAAGCUCAGAAUGCCAAAAAGCAAAGGACAAUUCAGGUGAUGGAUAUUCAUGAGAUUCCCAAACCAAGGAAUGGCUUCAUUGCCAGGAAUAAAGGUGGCGGAGGCUUUCAGGGAAGGCAUCACCGUUGA